AUGGCUCCAUCGGAUCGCAAGAUGAACGUGAUCAAUAUGACAACCGCAAAUCACGAGAAGUGGACGGACAUAUUGGAGGCUGUUGACACGGGCAAGCCGGUCACCUUUGCAAUGUCUGAGCCGUACAAGGUUACUGGAGCUCAAUCAAAUAGCUAUUGGUCCGGCCGAUUCAUGGCCCUCGAUUCGAAGAUUCGAAACGAAGCUUUCGAUCAGAAAAUCGUCGAUUACAAUUCGGAGAAGUUGGACCGGGCAAUUGCCAAGGGCGACGAGGAGAUUGACGAGGGAGAGGUUGAGGCACUCAACCAACGUUGGCACAAGUCCCGCCUCAACAAAGUAGUUGACGGCUACACCAAGACGGUCGAGAUGAGAAUGACCGACGAGGAGUUUGACCGGACCGUAAAGGUCUUUAAGCAAUUGGGGAAGGAGUGCGGCGACAAGGCCGCUGAAACCAGUCUUUCAGACUGGCAAGAAUUGUACGCCCGUACAAAGGACACCCGGGAGCUCCUCCCUGUGGGAGGAUUCAUGACCGACGGGGAGCGGAGGGCGUGGGAGACGAAGACGCGGAUGGAGCUUCGGGCUCAACGGGAGUGGAACCAGGCUCGCCACCUGGCGGAGACAGCGGAGAAUGAGGAGGCGACGGCCGCAAAGGCUGCCCAGAAGAAGGGGCCUUUGGCUCGUGUGUCCGACUUUUUCAAAAAGUCUGGUUAG